UGCCAUUCGCGUUUGGGACAGCAUUGGUAUUUCUUUCGGUAAAAUUCUUAAAAAGAACUUAAAUUCCAGCAUUAAGCAAUGGAUUUUGGUUAGAAUUUUAUCAGCUUUCUUUUAUAAUGCUUAAUAGAAUCUUUCAAACCUUUGUGGUGGCUUAAUAAGCGCCUUUCGACCGUUGAUGUUUUUGGCAUUCCCCAGUUGUCAUGUUUUCGAGUUUCAGACAUGGUUACUAACACACAACUCGAGUGUUCGUGUUAAAAGUAUAAACCGCUUUAAAAUGGUAGUGCCAGAUUAUGAUACGAUUUUUGAUAUCUUAGACAUACAAAUGAAAGGUUAUUUAACGAUAGAACAACUACAACACUUUCAAAACGAAGUCCUCUUUGCCUCGUUGGACCGAAGACAGAUAGAAGCAGCCGUGAACUUUGUUUGCGGUAGAAACUCGCAGUUGAAAUGUACGAAAGAGUACUUUGGUGGAGUUGUAGAAGAGAUUAGUCGGCGAGUUUCGUUGGAAGAAAGUAUAUAUUGGGAUUUCAAGUGCUUGGAUGUCUUAGGUAAUGGUCGAAUCCCACCCAGUUCUGCGUUGUUUUUAUUCCAAUGUGUUCAUGGGGAAAGAUUUUCUCUUGAUAUCUGGAAUGCAUUCAUGUCUUCACGACCAAAACAUUAUGAAGAUGUUUCAUAUGAUGAGUUGAAGCUGUGGCUUUGUGAACUUCCAGUUGAAGGCAACUUAUCUGAGAGUUUUGAAUAUGAUGAUGAGAGAGGAAAGUUAGAAAAUGAACGUGGAGAAAAAUGCUACGAAGAUUGGUCUCUUUAUGAGCAACUUCAGGCAGAUAGUUCAACAUUGGCAAGGUUGGAAGCAAAUCGCAAUAUGGAGUCGUCUCUGUUGAAACAGAAGUCGAAGCAAAGACUGAGACGCUUAGACAAGGAAGGAAUUGAUGCGAUAUUAAUUGAAGCACACUCCCAUGAAGAUGACUAUGAUCACAGAAAGGCGCGAGAACAAGUUGGAGCAUCAGAUGUGGUCGCUCUUUUGAAGACAAAGUAUGAAACACUGAGAGAAAAAUUGCUUUUGGAGCUAAUUGAAUAUGAUGCAGGCGAAGGUAUUUGGCUAGCAAUGUCUAAAUCUGAUAAAGAAGAGAAGCUUCUUCAUGCCAAAAUGCAAGAGAGACGUUUGAGCCAGACUUAUGAAAACAAAUCACGCUCUCACAGUAGUAAGAUCGGAAAGAAUUACAAAAGAAACUUGCCGGCUUUGCUCGGACCCAGUAGGGUUAAUCACGAAAAUGAGUUGCACGAAGAGAACAGACGUAAAGAAAUCCUAGAAAAUGAAGGUAAAACAGAUUCUGAGAUCCACAACAUCAUUGUGCAAGAGUGGCAGAGUAAACUUCUUGGUGAAGUGGAUAUUCAUCAUAUGUUAAAUGACCUCUGUUCACGUUAUCAAAGUGAGAAGGGAACGUUGAAGUGUAAGCUUCGUGGUGAACGAGGGGGUAUGACAGGAUUGCAAAGGUUGCAGGAGUAUAAGUUUAUGUAUCGGCAACAUCUGAAGGCAUCAAUCGAAGCAAGUUAUGAAUCGGCUUGUCUCGCUGUUGCUGUUUGUGAGUCCUCCGCCAAUGGCUGUGAGAUAGACAGGUUUCAUUUUGCAAGACAUGCGCAGUAUUUACUGGCUGAUCGUCACUUGUCGGAACGUCGCUGCGGGCACAGAUCACCCAAGGAUAUAAAACAUGGCAACCUGGAAUAUCACGAGAAUGCUGGGAGUGAUGUCGUUGACUUGUACGAAAAUUUAAUCAAGGCUUUAGAAAGAAAGCAUCGUGCUGAGAUGGAAAUCAUGAUUUCCAUGCUGCAAGGAAAGGAAGCUGUUCAAAAUAGAACCGCUGUGCGAAAAAUGACCAACGAGGAACGAGCGAACCAGCGUGUGGUACUAAAAACUCAACGCAAAGGCUGGCGUAGUCAAAACUCGGAGGAGAAAGUCUCCAACAGACGGAUUAAUAUACAACUGCUACAGGAAGCCGUAAGCAUUGCUUACGUCGAGCAACAUUUGGAAAUAAAGGAGUCUGGAACAAAUGAAGAUGCUGCCCUAAAAUUGUUGGCUCAACUGCUUCAUCAACAGGAAUUAGAUGCUGAUGUAAUAUUGGCGAGCGAAGACCAGACAUACGAGGAAGUCCUGAGCGUUCAUCGCAAGCAAGAGCGAAUGUAUCACGAAGAAUGGUUAGAUAACCUCUCCGCCGUUGUCCUGGGCACUAGUGACGUCACACGCCUUGAAGUUGACAUCAUCAAACUGCUCGAAGAGAAAUACGAUUGUGUGAGACAUAAGAUUAUCGAAGAGUCUAUAAAAAAUCAAAUUGGUUCUAGUGACUGGAAAAACACGUCUUUGGUCGAACGCUACAACCUCGUAACGAGAGCGAAAGCUAGUGAAAAACAAUUACGUCUUCAAAAGAGAUUCGACGAUGCUCUAAGUCUUUUGGGAGAUGGUUUCACGGACGGCUUUACACUUAUCUCGCAUUUGGGCGAGAAUCGCGAGGCGUUCAUGGAGAAAUUGAAAUCAGUUCUCGAAAGGCGAAAUACUAGUUGGCAAGAGAAUUUUGGCGUUGAGGAUCUCAGUAUUCACGAAAAUGGUUCUUUCAAAAUCUCUGGAAAUAUUUGGAAAGAUCUCGAUGAACGGUUUAAAAAUGAGAAACAACUCAUCAUCACUUGGUUACAGGAGGGGGGAGAUAGUGGAACACGUGACAUAAAUAAUACCACCAUACGACUAAAACAACAUAAGCGAAUGACAGAACAAGAACCCAACAUGCUUUGCGCUCUUCUCGUUCUGGGCCUCUGCGAAAGACAUAGGAGGACUGUGAACGACCGUCUUAUACAAGAUGAGAGACGACGUACUUCACUGGCUGAAGAACGUUUAAUCUUGGCUCGUCUGAAUGGCAAUAGACAAGUAAAUGAAGUGGAAGAUAUUGAACCAAGCCAAGAUGCUUCCAUUGACUGGAUGAAUGCUGCGUUGAUUGAACUUGAACGUAAACAAAGACUGGAGAGGCAGUUCCUUUUUUCUCUUCUUCUUGAUAAUGCCUUGAGUGAUCUACGCGACGAAGCUAGAGAGAUCACCGAGGACGAACGCCAGAAGAGAUCGGUUGAAUUGAAAAAUGAAAGAGACGUUCUGGAUCUAGAUGAAAAAGGUGAUCAAGACAUGAAUCAUACAAUCCUUGAGAUGGCGUGUGCAUAUAAAAUUGAAAGUCGUCGCUUCCGCCUCAAGUACACGCAGAAGGAGGGAAGAAUUACCGAUGACGUGAUCUUCGUUUCCAUAGUAGCAGACCUGCUCGAGCGUCACAGUGACGAGUGCGAGGAGCUACUGGAGAAAAUUCUUGAUAUGUCUAAAGAUGAACUCAAAUCAACAAGGUCAAAUCAAAUCAGAGCUUUUAGGUCGGAACAUAUGGAAAAUGUAUCCGUAAUCUUGCUGCGCUACGAUGGCCUGGGAACGAAUGAUGAAAUCUUGCAAGCUCUCGAGGACAAGUAUGACGCAUUGAAAGACAAACUAUUAUUGGAAGCGUUGAGAAAACAACUUGGUGAAGAUGAAUGGCAGCGUUUAUCAGAAAGAGAGCGUCAGCAUCGUUUGAUGAAAUUGAAACUUGAAACGAAGCGUUUAAAACGAGAGAACAAACUCGAUGAGCUCGCUAAACUUCUCGGUGACGGCUUUGCAACUGACGGCAAUCUCCGAAAGCUGCUCGGGGUGAACCGAGAGGAAUACGAGCAACGGCUAAGGGAAAGACUCGCACGUCGUCGUGAACGGCUUGCACAAGGUCUACCACCUGAGGAUGACGAGGAGAAAUCGAAGGAUAUGGAAUCAAGUGAUGAGAAAAGUUUAUUUGAAUCUCUGGACGAAAGGCUCGAAGAAGAGAGGGACGCUUUAAUUUCAAAAUUGCUCGAUGCAGAUAAUCAGUUCCUUAGCGAACGUGAACGACAGGCUUUACUAGCUCGGCUGAAACGCGAACGGUUAAAAGCGAAAUUGGAAGAGAACUUCGACUCUGCUGCUCUUGUACUAGGCCUGGCCGAACGUCAACGCAAGGAAGUUGAAGAAAGGAUGUUGUCGGAUCAAAGGCGUCACGAGCAACUGGCCAGACAACGUUUGGAAGAACGUAAAAAUAGAGUAAAACGAACGACUUUAAGUAAAGAAAAUAUCAUCGAAAACGGCGACAACGUUCUACUACAAGAGGCUGUCAUCAAAUUCCUCGAGAAUAAACAUUACGAGGAAAGAGAAGCGAUGUUGAACUUGCUCGAGUACGAAGACAAUGAUUUGGAGAACCUCGCUCAAUCGAUGACGUCCGAACAAAGAGGCGAUCACUUGCGUCAACUUAAAGAGAAAAAAGAGAGUUUGAACAAAGAUGACACUGAUGAGCAGCGCGACAUCUUACAAGAAGCGGCCAUUAUGAAACAAACUUCACGUCGGCGAACACUCUACAACCAAAGUACCGGGGAAGAGAUUUUAAAACAACAUGUAACUGUGUCGUUGUUAGCCGACUUGCAACAAGAGCAGGAUAAGGAGUGCGAGAUCUUAAUGGCGAGUUUGCCUGAUAAGUCCAUGGGAAAAGCAGAGUUGAUAUCAUUGCAAACCCAAUUUCUAGCCGAAGCUGAAAGUUGCAUCCUGGCAAAUAUAAUGACAGUAUUUUCUGCCCCUGAGCAUGUCACAAACGUUGACGAACAGUUAUUGCUCGAUGCUUUAGAUUCAAAAUACGAAACCCUUCGAGACAAACUAUUGUCGGAGGCAUUGAUGAAAGAGAUGGGGGCAGCAGAAUGGCAGGCUUUAAGUGAGCACGAACGACAAACGAGACUUGUUCAGAUAAAACUUGAAGAACGUCGGCUCAGAAAAGAAGGCAAACUGGAUGAGCUUCAGGCUUUACUAGGUGACGCUAUAGAUGUGGAAGCAGGUUUUCAAGAUAUUCUGGGUAAGAACAAGGUGACGCACAAGAAGAGAUUGAAAGAAAAACUUCAAAAACGUCGACAGCGAUUAAAGGAAGGAAUGAGUAAGGAAGAUGUCGAGAAGAUGGAAGCUGAAGAGGAUGAACAGUUUGAAAAUGAAUUGAAAGAAGAAGCCAGUGUGAAUCCUUUGAUCAAGCUGAUGGUUUACACUUUCGUAGUACAUCAGACAGCUAAAUUGAUACGAACUUCCUAUUUUGAUAUCAAAAAUAGCCAUAAAGUUUUCAAAGUACUCAUACUCUCUUAUACGUUAUCGCACGAUUUUACGUCAAAACCACGAGAAGGAAAGGGAAGAAUUAAUAUGGGCAUUAAAAACGAUGAUGAUCGAUACGCCAGCGAAAGACAUCGUCAGGCCCAGCUGGUGAGACUGAGACGAGAGGAAAGGAAGGCGAGACACGAGGACAAGUUUGAUACCGCUGCUUUAGUUCUCUGCCUGGCGCGGGCGCAGAAAGCGAAUCUUGAAGAAGUUCAAAAGAAAGACAGACUUAGACAGGAGCAGCUAGCACGGAAUCGACUUGCGGCUCGACGGGAAAAGAAACUGGGAAACACGGAGUUGCGCCAGAAAGAAGAUGAAAAGUUGGAGGAAAUCAUCGAUAAAGACAACAUUGUCGCGUUGCAGGAGGGAGUUCUGAAGGAGUUGGAAAAAAAGCAAGAGUGUGAACGAGAGUUUCUUGAAAAACUUCUGCAACAAGAGGAAACCAUUGAACUUCGAAAGCAAACGAAAGAAAAAAGUAAAGAAAACAGAAAUGAUCGGCUUAAAGCGUUAAAGUGUCUACGUGAACAGUGGAGAGAUGAGGGCGCAGAUGGUUCAGCAGAAUCUAUAGAAGAGCAAAAUGCCAUUUUACGAGAGGCAGUGUGUUUGAACGUGACAAAUAUAGCUGAAGAAAUGCGUGAAAGCGGAAAAGAAGUAAAUGAUGAUGAUAAUGUUCACGUGACUAUAUUGGCGAAUCUCCAGCAGAUACAGGAUCAAGAAGCCGAGAUAUUGUUGAGGGACUUGCACGAGAAGUCUCCCACGACUUUGAUGCAACUUCGCGCUGUUCAGCAUCAAGCAAGACGCAACCGUUGGUAUGACAACAUAGCAAUGACGUUCUUCGGACAGGAAACUGCGGCUCAUAAACAUUCCGAGCACAAAGUCCCAUCGGAGGAAGAACUUCUGAACGCACUCGAAGGAAAAUAUGAUGCGUUGAAAGAUAAAUUGAUCGCGCAAAGUUUGAUGAACGAACUCGGUGCUUCAGUCUGGGAAAGACUUUCGAAAAAAGAAAGACAGGCAGAGAUACUAAAAAUACGACUUCAGGAUAAGAAACUUCGAAAGGAAGGACGUUUUGACGAGGCAAACAGAUUGUUUGGCGAAGGUCUUCAGCACGCUGCAAGCCUUUCAAAUUUAAUGGGGGAAACGAAAGCUCAACAAAAGGAUGCAUUGAGACGACGUUUGCUAAAACUUCGAGAACUAAAGGCGGCUGGUAUUGAGAUGAACACGGAAGAGGCUCAACUCAUGGAGGAUGACAUCGAUGCUGAAGCGAUCGAAGAAGAAGUCACCACUGUGGACAUGAUGCAAGAUUUACAGUCACGUUACGAGGACGAGAAGAAGGCGCUUUUGGCCUCGUUGAGGAUUCAAGAUGAACGCUUCGGCAGUGAAAGACAUCGGCAACUUGAAAUGGCGAAGCUUCGACGACAGCAAAUGAAAAUUUCCAAGGAAGACAAAUUCGAUGUAGCUGCAUUAGUCCUUGGAGUUGCUAGGCAACAGGAGACAGCGCGUGAGGCCAGCUAUCGUAAAGAUCGAGCACGUCACGAGAAGCUUGCGAAAGAUCGGUUGGCAGCGUUGAAAGCAAAAACUUCGAAUAAAGAAAAUUCUUUCCUUCGUUCUGGUGAAGAGGAGCAACGAGUCGCCAUAUUGACUUUACUCAGAGAACAACAGGAGCGCGAUAAGAAGAUUUUAUCACAAGAAACUCUAGAGAUCCAGAAUAAAGGUAUCGUUGCUCUAGACGAGGCAAUUUUGAAAGAGGUGGAAGACAAACAUUCCAUUGAAGUUAAGAUGUUGAUUGAAUUACUUGAUGUAAGCGAGAGUGAAGUCGAUGCUGUUGCAGCAGCUAGUUGUCUUACAAAGAAGCAACGUGAUGAGAAAUUGAAGGAUCUUUAUCGCAGUUAUAAAGAUUGGAAGAUUUCAUCCAUCAGAGCGUCAAAGAAUGCCAACUCGGGUCAAUUGUCCGAGGAAGAAAAUGACGAGAAUAUUUUGCGCUCAACCGAACGUCAGAUAAAACUGACUGCAUUAUUGAAAGAUGGCAUCGUUCUCAAAGUGCUCAACGUUAAAGACGAGUUAAGCAAAAAGAGUGUUCCUGAAUCAUCUGUGAAGGAUGAAAUGAGCAUUUUGCUUUUGGCAGACCUUCAGGAAAAGCAAACCACAGAGAGCAGAGCUGUGGAAAAUAUUCUCGAGGAAAGGGAGGAAGAAGCAUUGAUCGUUAUAAGGGAUGAACAACGUCGUCUCAGACAAGAAUUUGUGGUCGACAACCUGGCCGCUGUUAUUCUUCAAAAUGAUCAAGAGUUGUUUGAGGAAAACGAUGACGUGAGUCAGACCAUUGAUGAAAGCGAUGAGCAACUCGCGAAAAUGGAUGCAGAGCUAGAAGACGAGCGAAAGCGUAGACUCCUAACUGGGGCGAGUGAAGCUGAAGUUGACGUGGCAAUGAAUGAAUUGAGAAGACAACAGGAAGCGAAGAGAAAGACUAUUCUCAUACAAAAAAAAAUCCUGAGACUUUCGGUCCUGGCUAUCAGCGAGUUAAUUUUGUUUGUGGAGGUCAGAAAAAACGAUUGGCAGCGCGAACGUCGCGAGGAUAAACAAUACGAAGACGAUAUAGCAGUCUCUGUUGAUGUUGGUAGAAAGGGAAUCAUCGAUUGUUAACGAAAAAUGUUACAAAGAUCAAAACAAGGCGAAUCACUUCGAGACCGACUGGCCAGACGUCGCGAGGACCGCGCCAGACGAAAAGCUCAGGAAGAACUGGAACGAGCCGCGAAGGAAGACAUGAAAACAACGGAUAAGUUGGAGCAAGAAGAGAACCACACACCGGAAACAGCGAGUACCAAUCAAGUUGCUAAAAGACUUGAGAAGUUGAAUGGAGAUUACAAGUCUAGUUUGCCUGAUGGCUUCACCAUGAAGAGAGAGAAAACUGUCGUUGAUGUUAAAGUUUCCGAUGAUAAAAAAAAAGAAAUCUUUGGUUCAUUGCUUCGUGAGCAUACAACGUUUGGUAUGGGGAUUGAGAGGGAAAGAAAGAGACAGGAGGAUAGAUUGAAUGAACGAAGAUUGCGGAAAAAAUCAAACGUCGUUGCUGCUGCCGCAACUAUCAUUGGUUUGGGAGAACGACAAAAGACGAUGGUUGAACUGAAGCACAAGGAAGAGCGUGACCGGCAGCUCACGAUGGUUCGCGAUAGAAUUACGCGCGUGCGUUACGAACGCACGAUGACAAUGAAAGAGCCGAAGUCCACGUCCAAAGGAUUCGAUCACAUACUGACACAGGAGGAAGCCGAGGGACUGGGUCCAGAAGAAAAAAUGAAAUUGAUAGCUGCAAAAAUGGAAGAAAAGUUCAAAGUUGUCGAAAGACGCGUUAGCUCGACGAUCCAGUCUCCUCCCAUCAUACCGUUGUACUCGGAAGUUCAGGAGGAUGAGGCAGCAGAUUUGAAUCGCAGAAAAUCCGUUCGUCUCGAUGAGAAAGGCAAAGAAAAGAAGCUUAAAGAGAGAUUGGCCGCAAGGAAAAAGGCAAAACGAGGAGAUUUGUCAAUUAAGGAAAAUGGACGGCUCUCAGAGACGCAUAUGGAAGAUUUUGAAAACACAUCCACAGCUUAAUCACCCAUGUUUAAAUUGUUUAUUUCAUCCAAGCAAACUAAAGAAAUAGUAAAAUAAUAGUUUUUCAUGUCACGAGCACCAAUACAGUUUGUAGUUUCAUGAUCA